AUGCAAUUCGCCCGGGGGGGACUCCUGUCAGCAAGCGUCGCGAAAACGCAGGAGAGGGAUGAUCGAAAAGAAGCGCCGCGACAGGAUCAACGCGUCCCUCGGUGAGCUGAGGAGGCUGGUGCCGGCAGCCGCGAGGGAUCCUCACAGCGGCAAGCUGGAGAAAGCGGAAAUCCUGCAGCUCACCGUCGAGCAUCUGCGCACGCUUCGUAAUAAGGGACCGGAAGGUUACGACAGUACGAAGCUAGCUAUGGAUUAUCACGCGGUUGGCUGGGGCGAAUGCGCUGCAGAAGUGGGUCGCUAUCUGGUGACCAUGGAAGGCCUAGACGAACGGGAUCCCCUUCGAUUACGCCUGCUGUCGCACCUACAGAGUUUUCACCGCGAACAUCCGCCGUCAGCCGUGCCGUCGGUUGUAGCACCUACGACGUUGACGUCUACCUCUUCUACCGUCAGUAGUUACGAACCACCACCGCCACCGCCUUCGAGCACAGUGUCGAGCGGAAUGCCACCGGGUCCAGGAACUAUGCCAUCCCUACUCGGUGGCUGGGGCCAAUAUCCGGGUCAGUAUCCCGGCCAGCAGCAGGGCAAACCUUAUCGGCCAUGGGGCGCGGAACUGGCGUACUGACCUUGAUGUCUCGGCGCACAAUCAGCGACGAUCAUAAUUUGUCUCUGGUGCAAAAGUGAUAAGCGACUGACAAAGUUUUAGAAAUUUUUCAACAACUUGAUGUUUUAUAUCAAGUAUUUUCUGAAUAUUUUUUUACUUUUGACUAGCAAUAUUAACGUACCGUUUUUCUUAUAUCAGUGAAAUAAAGAGAGAGAGGAUUUAUUUAUCUAAUAAAAUAUCUUUGGUUACGACAGAGUAGCGUUCGAUUCUCACAAAUCAAUAUCUACUAAUUUAAAUAUGAAUUGUAAUAUUUACAAUUAGUAGAUCAUUUAUUAGACGUACAAGCGGCGCGAUUUUUUGCGCGCGUGCACAAAACGUAGUUUGUACAGUAUUUUAUAAAUGUAUCUCA